GGCAGCCAAUGAGAGAUGGCAGUCAGUUCCGAUGCGAUAAGAGUGCAGUCAGGGUGGCUUCUUGACAAAAGCCCUUCAAGUCAAGACAAGACCCCCCUACUUCCUUCUUCCUCUUCUCUCUUUCUUCUCCCUCUUUCUCUCUUCACAUUUCACACACAGAGGGAAGAGAGGGAGAGACCAAAGCAGAUUAAAGCAGGCAAGAAGGGACAAGCAGAUCCCCGGCCCUCUCAGCUCAGCUGUGGGAUUAGCAGCAGAGUACACACGCGCGCGCCCCACAAGGCGAAAGAGAGCGUCUGUCAGUCAGAUGCAUCAAGACAAGAAGUUGCAGGGUGCGUGAAGAGCAAGAACACAGGACAGGAGAAAGAAAGAAAGAAAGAAACGGUCAAGCCUGCUAGCUGCUGCUGCCUCUGCUCAACCCGGGCCGUCUCUCUCUUUUGUGCUGUAAAAGGAAACGCAGUGCAUGCCCUGAAACCAAGCAGCCAGGAGCGCAAGGAGCUUCUCUACUGGGAGUGGGAGAUCGAGGCAGCAAGAGUUUUGGCUUGGAGGUCCAUCAUGGAGGAGGCGAGCAGCAGUUCGGGCCAUCCGAGGCACAGGGGUCCUCCUCCUCCUCCUCACCAUGUUCUCGGAUAUGGCGGCUUCCAUGCCGCCAUGGCCGUGCCAACCAACUCCAUGCCUCCCGCAACCUUCUUCAGCGAGCAAGACGGAGGAGGAGGCGCCUACUUCGGGGAGCUGGAGGAGGCCCUCAUGCACCAGGUCGCCACGCUCAGCAGCGGCGGCAGGAGGAUUUCCCAUUCCCAUUCCCAUUCCCAACAGCAAACUGCAACGGCCACCUCCACGGCUCAACCUCAUCACCAUCACCACCACCAUGGACACAACCACGCCAUGCCCUUCCCCAGUACUGUGGCUGAUACUGCUACAGCGGCAGCGGCAGAGGCAGCAGCUAGGCCGCCUCCUACGCUGGACAUCUUCCCCUCCUGGCCGCUCGCUCUCCAUCACCACCACCACACACCCAAGGAGGGUUCAAACGUGACGGCAGACAGCACGGACUCAGAGAGCAGCAGCAAGAACAACAUCAACAUGGACUCAUCAGAUCAUCAUCAUCAUCAGCAGCAGCAAGGGAUGGCAGGAUUGGUGACCGUGGCAGCCCAGUUCCAUCAGAUUUCACAGCAGCAGCACCACCAGCAGCAGAAGAUGGCAACCAGUUCCACUCACAGUGACAGGACUGGCAAAGCGCUUGAUCCAAAGCAGACGACGAGGAGGCUAGCACAGAAUCGAGAGGCUGCGAGAAAAAGCAGGCUGCGGAAGAAGGCUUACAUUCAGCAGCUUGAGAGUGGCAAGCUCAAGCUUGCUCAACUGGAACAGGAUCUCCAGCGGGCUCGUUCUCAGGGACUCUUGGUUGGAGGAGCUCCAAGUGGAAACUCCAGCCCUGGUGCUGCCAUGUUCGAUGUCGAGUACAACAGGUGGCUGGAUGACGACAGCAGGCGCAUGAUUGAGCUCCGGGGAGGCCUGCACGCGCACUUGCCGGAUGGUGACCUCAGGGCCAUCAUCGACGACACCUUGACCCACUACGAUGAACUCUUCCGCCUCAAGAGUGCUGCUGCCAGGGCGGACGUCUUCCAUCUCAUCACCGGAAUGUGGGCGACCCCAGCCGAGCGCUGCUUCCUUUGGAUGGGCGGAUUUCGGCCCUCUGAUCUGCUCAAGACACUGGCACCUCAGCUUGAUCCCUUGACUGAACAGCAAAUGGUUGGCAUCUGCAGCCUUGAGCAGUCAUUGCAGCAGGCAGAAGAAGCUCUCACCCAGGGCCUGGAGCAGCUCCAUCAGUCAUUGGCAGUCACUGUGGCAGGCAGCGGGUCUCUUAGCGAUGAUACCAACAUGGGGAGCUUCAUGGGUGACAUGGCAGUUGCUCUUGGCAAGCUGGCCAACCUGGAAGGUUUUGUCAUACAGGCUGAUAACUUGAGGCAGCAGACUCUUCAUCAGAUGCACAGGAUUCUGACAGUUAGGCAGGCAGCUCGAUGUUUCCUGGCUAUUGGCGAGUACCACAACCGCCUCCGUGCCCUAAGCUCCCUCUGGGCUUCUCGCCCUCGAGAGAUACUGAUGACAGAUGAAGGCAAUUGCGGAGAGCUAAGCAUUGCAGCACAUCCAUCUGAAAGCCAAUAUUCUGCCUUCUGAUUCAAAUGUAUUUUGGAACUAACCUUCAAAGUAGGAGCAUAAUCGAAACAACUGGGAAGAAAUUUUUUUGGAUGUAAUGUAGCAGAUAUGUGAGAAACAGAGAGCUGGGAAACAAAGGAAGCUCCAGAAAUGGGAGAACUUGUCAGAACGCGUAGAACUGUCAUCAGAUUUUUCUUGAGUCAAAUGGUUUAAUGUAUCCUGGAGUGGGAACAAAUGAAGGAAGCCCAGAAUUCAUUAUUGAAACAGUACUUCAAUUUGUGUUA